GUCAAGUGUCAAUACUGUCAAGAAAGUUGUGUUACAGAAUAUUUUAAUAUUUUCAAAAAAGUAACAGUAAUAUUUAAUUUUAAAGAUUUAUAAGGAUAUGUGUAGUGUUUAAUUAGAUCUUGUUCAUAGUAAAUAAUGGCUUUUUUGUUUAUAACUUGUGUAGCUUUGGGUAUUAGUCAAUGUCUUACUGCACCUCCAGAUUUCAAUAAUACGUUAUCUGCAAAGUCAAGUCCCCGUACAGGCACUAUUGAGAAAUGUGCGAAUGUUACAGCACUUAGGGCCAAUCAAAAAGAAAUUUUAGACACAUGCAAAGAUGUGUUUAAACUCAAUCAGACACAAAUCAGAGAGUCUAGCGAUGAGACUGUAAUUUUGUGUACUUUGUAUAAUCAUACUCUCAUUAGUUACUGUCGAUCAAAUAACACCAUAAAUUAUCCAACGGUAGACGAGAUAAAAUUAAAAAAGUACACUCUGGAUUCCGUUUGUAAAAGUGUCGUAAAUUCAUCUCAAAGUAUAUUUCCUAAAUUUCAAACACUUUCUUGCUUGAUGAUAUGCCCAAAUUUGUUCAAAGAAGAGGAGCUGAAGCCAGCAUGCCUAUUUGCUCACUAUUAUUAUCUUCAAACUAGCAAUGUUACUGAAAAGCCAGUUGUUCCAGUACCCGAUCCUCAGAACCCUCCUGGGAAUAACAAGGCAGCACCACAUGAAGCACAGCCCGCACAACCGCUAUCCAAUGAUCCUCAGGAACCAGUACCAGCAGACUCAGGCAAGGUUCCCGGUGUGGGAGCACCCCCUGACACAGCCAAGGCUCCCGGUGUAGAAGCUGUAGGACUACCCCCUGUUAAUGCAGACGACCAAGCUGCAUUACACCCCCCAAUUAAUGAUGGAGUCAAGUCGCAAAAUGAUAAUGCUCUGUCGCAAAAUGAUAAUGCUCUGUCGCAAAAUGAUAAUGCUCUGUCGCAAAAUGUUAUUGGUUCCGAACAUGUUGAGGAAAAGCCAAAGGUGGAAGUGAAAAAUAACAAAGAAAUUUUGACUAAAUCUUCUACAUCUACAACAGUUGUUAAAGUGUCUCAGCCAGAACAAGCUCCACCCCCAGUCGUUGACAAUGUUGCUCCAGCCCAACAAAAUCCAGAUGAUGACGAUGAGGAUGAAGGAGAUCAUGGUGAUGAUGGACAUCUUGAAGGGAUUGACAAUGAUUAUGGCCCUGAUCCUGCUGGUCCUGCCAGACCAGAAAGUGUUAGGGCAGAACCCAAGGCUGUUGAAAGAAAACCUGAUACUACUGUACAGGAAAUUAGCCCUGUCAGCGAUGACAACCUAGAUGUAGUAGACGGGGAAUCACCGUUCUUUUCCUAUUUCAUGGUCAUAUGCGUAGUGUUCGUGUUGGGUUAUGUAGCCUACCACAACAGAAUUAAGGUUAUGGCUUUAUUGCUGGAAGGAAAGCGGAACAAGAGGCAAAACAGAGGCAGAAGACCAAAUUCUGCCAACUACCAUAAGUUAGAUAGUAAUUUAGAAGAGGCUAUUUCAUCGAAUGUAACUAAAAAUUCAAGUAAUGUUAUUUAUUAGUCAUGUAUUCGAAAACUUCAUAUCAUUACCACAUUUUUAUAAAAUCUCAAGUGUAAAAAUGUAAAUAUAGUGAUCAGUUAAAUAUUUAAAAUUUUGUAAAUAUUUUUAAAAGUUUAGUGUCCAUAUUGUUCAUAUUUGAGUAACUGUUUAUUGGAAAAAUAAUAUUCGUAGAAUAAAGUUUGUCAGUUUUGUUAUGGAAGGAAAGAAGUCCAUAUUUCAAAAAUUUCUGUCAUUCUGUCAUUUAUUCAUUUUAUAAAUUAAUCAGACAAACUAUUAAAAUUCAUCAUCAUCAGUGGCGUUACAGCUCUUUAUGGGCCAAAGCCUUCUUCAGAACAAUCCUCCAUUCGCCCAUGUCUCUGGCAACUCUUCUCCAUGCUCUAAUUCCAAUAGAUUUCAAAUCAUUUUCUAGGUUGUCUUGGUACCUAAGUCGUCUCGGUCUUCCUCUUGUUCGUUGUCCUAUCGGCCCUCUUCGGUCGAAAACUUUUCUGACUAUGGCAUCUUCCUCUCUCUGACCACAUGACCUAUCCAUCUAAGACGUGCUACCUUAAUGAAUUUUAUAGCGUCAGGUUCUCCAAAACUUCUAUGCAACUCAAAGUUGUAACGCUUGCGCCACAGACCUUGUUCUUUUAUGCCUCCAUAUAUUCGUCUUAGGAUUUUUCGCUCAAAACGUUUGAGCAGUUCUUGGUCAUUCUGUGUAAGUGAACAAGUUUCUGAACCAUAUGUUAGAACUGGUCUUAUUAGUGUUUUGUAUGCAGUCAAUUUAAUUUUUCUAGGUAUUUUUGAGGCCAUCUGUCUUCUUAAGCCAUAGUAACACUUAUUGGCGAGCACUAUUCUUCCUUUAAUUUCUUCACUGACAUUGUUAUCUGUCGUAGGAAGCGAGGCUAAGUAUAUGAAGGUGUCAACACCUUCCAGUUCUAGGUCAUCAAUUAUUAUUCUUGUAGGUGUGGGGUUGCAUGACCUAGUGCCAGUGGCGUGCUGGCCAUAUAAAUGAAUCGGUGCAAUCACCGAGAGGCCGCGGCCUCUUGAGGCCGGUCAAAUAGGUUCAUAAAAAAUUUUAGAUAUAACUAAAAAAUUAUUUUUUUUAAUUUAUAAUCGAAUGAUAAUUUUGUUAAUAGUAUCUAUUAAGAAACAUUUCAAAAACAUUUAUUUUUUUUAAAUUGUAAAAUACAAGUUAAGUAGGUAAUUGAAUAAAACUAUACACAUAAAUAGAUUGCUACAGAUAAUAUUUAUUUUCAUGCCUACAAGUAUAUUUUUAUGGUUUUCCAAUUUUCUUCAAACAUGUAUGAUUUGUUUACCUACUCCCUACUCUGCAGAAUAAAAAAUGUAAAAACAUCUUGCACAAUUUUGACCGAAUUAUUGGAAGUAUCAAAAAACGAUUUGAUCAAGACAAAUCGUUUUAUGAUGAUAUAUCACUCGACAUCCUAGAAAUUUUGAUACAAUAAAAAAUGGUAUACCUUUAACGGCAUUUAAAUCAUUUACUGAAAAAUUCAGAAAUUGUUAUCCUACCAUAUCUGGGACUGCAAUUAUAGAAGAACUCGUGGAUUUUGCUGAUAAAUCGAUUGUAUUAAAAAAUAGGAUUUUGCAAAAUACUGAAAUUAUAGAAGAUCGAGUUAAUGAUGAAUAUGUUCAGUCUACAGAAAAUAUAAAAGAUGAUAUUAUUAAUCUAAGUGAUAAUGAACAUGAAGUAACAAAUGACAAUGUUGUUGAUAUCGUGAAAACUUCACCUCCAUGUGGUACUAAAAAGUGUAAAGAUUGUAUAGCUUACUGUUACGCUAUUUUGCAUAAGUACAACUUAUAUCAGUGUGCUUAUCAAAAUUUAAAUAGCAUUUAUUAACUUUUUCAAUGACACAAGUAUCUUGCGAAAGAAGCUUUUCAACGUUGAAAUAUAUAAAAAAUUGGUUAAGAAGUACUUUAACACAAGAUCACUUGGAAACAUUGAUGCUAAUGGCUAUAGAAAAAAGAAGCUUUGAAUGAGCUUAAAAAUGAUGAAAUAAUCUACGAAUUUGCUCAAAAAUUUACUUUAUUGCGGAAAUUAUAAAAUAAUGUUUGGAUUAUUGUGUUGUAUUAACACUUUAAAUAUUUUUAAAUCAAAGUAUUUGCACUGUACUUGUAUUUGUACUCUCUUGUACAAUUGAUUUACUAAACUCCCAACUUAACACAUAACUGAAAAAUUUUCAAAAUUUUAUUUUUCUACAACCGUGUUAAAAAUGCAAUUUUUAGCCCUCCAUACGUGCGUUAAAAAUGUUACUUUAAGGCACUACUGCUUUAAAAUAUUUUUAAGGCACUGCAGUUCGUAUUGACCGUAUAGACAAUUUUGAUGUAAUGUCAAAAAAAUAUAAAAAUGGAAUGUCAGUCAAGUUCAAGUAAAAGUUUUUGUAGAUAUUGUCCUGUAAUUACGUUUAUAGAAAAAAUAUUGUAUGAUAUGCGUGUUAAAAAGUACAUUUUUAAGGCACUCAUGUGAAUUGCAGAACUCGCUAUCGCUCAUUCUGCAAACUUUCACAUGCGUGCCUUAAACGUGUACUUUUAACACUUAUAUCAUAAAUAACUAUUAUCUUAAUUACAUCAAAUUCAUAUUAUAUUUAUUCAGGAAAUUAUGGUUUCUGCCUUACUACAUACAAUAUUGUCAUACAUGUCAUUUACUAUUUGUAAGAUUGCUUAUUCUUAAAUCAAAAAAUAUAGCAAAUUAAAAAAAUCAUUGAAUUCAAAGUUUUAUGUUUGAUUUAAAAAUAAUUUAUAUUUUUGUUUGUUUGAUUUUAUACAUAACGAGUAAAACGUCCUGAUAAUAGAAGGUAAAAUGAGGAUGGGAGGCCGCUUUUCUAUAAAAUCACCGGGCCGCUUGAAAAGUUCCAGCACGCCACUGCCUAGUGCAACACAUAUAUUUGGUCUUUUGAACAUUUAUGUUUAGUCCCAUUCUCUGUGCAGAUGCUCUUAACGACCGAAAUGCUUCAGUCAGAGAUUCUGUGAACCUAACUACGAUGUCUAUGUCAUCUGUGUAUCUGACAAUUUGUACUGAUUUGUUAAAGAUAGUACCAUUCGUAUUAAUCUGGGACUCUCGAAUUAUUUUUUCUAAUGCCAGAUUAAAUAAGAGACACGAUAGUCCAUCACCCAUGUCUUAGUCCAUUUUUGUAAUGGAAGGGUCUUGAGAGAUCGUUUUGGAUUUUUACCAUGCUCUCUGCUCCUGUGAGUGUAAGUUCAGUUAAUUGGAUAAGAUGAAGCGGUAUUUGAAAUUCUGAAAACUAUUAAAAUUAUUUUUUUAGUAAAGUCUCCUUUUAGCUUAAUACAACGAUUCCAGCGAUUUUCCAACUUUUUUAUGCUGUCCGAAUAAUACAAUUCUGGCAGCUCUGCAAAAUAAGUGUUUGUUUCGUGAAUUAUUUUUCUUUGUUCGAGCUGAUUAACAAAUUUUCAGCUUGCUAUUAAUCAACUUUUUUUUGGUACGCGGAAUCCAGGCCUACUACUGUUGACGCCAUUUCUGAUUCUGCAUUUGCGUGUCAUAACGCAUUGCUCUUUGGGUCAUUCUUAAUUUUAAGCCACUGCGUUUUGUAACUCAUGGGAAAUACCAGUCACUGAUAAAGUAUUGCCACUGUACUGGGCGAAAGAAUCGUCGAAUGCAACAUAGGAGACUCAGUGGGAAAUUAAUAAAGUACAUAUGUAUUGAAUUUCUAUUUCCCAAAUUGUUUUACAUUGACAAUUGUUUUCAACUGUAUAAUAUAAUUUCUGUAGAAAAGGCUAUAGCGGGAUAAGAUGGUCAAAAAUGCCCCCGCACGGAUCAGCCCCGCUACUUAUGUUUUCGAUAAAGGAUAUAAAAUUAUGCCCUCAUGCAAAUUUUUAGCUUCCCAGAGGUCCUAAAAGGUCUUGAAUCAAGAAAAGAAGAAUUUUUAAGGGUUUAUUUUUUUGUGAGUGCAAUUUUACUUUAAAAAAUCUGAAAAAAUUCAAGAGGUUGUAUCUUUUGAAUAUAAAACAACCUAUUUUUUUCAGAUUUAAUGAAAAAUGAGCCCAGGAAAAAUUUUUGAAAUUUUCAAAAAACUUUUAGGUUAUGUCAAUAUGAUUUGGCCAACUUUUAAAUAGUAUUUUUUUGUGUACUUUUUGCCGUUCUUUUAAAUGGCAGAGGCAGAAUUUUUAAUAUCCGAGCGGAAAGAACGAAAAAAUCAAAAAAACCGUUUUUUAGGAUUUUAGGAUUUAGGAUCCUGACUACAACAACUGAAAAAAAAACUAAAAUUGUGAAUUUUCUCAAAAAAUUUGGUAUGUGGGGUUAUAAUAAUAUUUGGAACAACUUUUCCAAAUAACUUAUCGAUUUCUGUAACGCGAAGCAAAUCGAAUCGCAUAUCGAAAAUUCACCCUGUUUGCAGUAGGCCGCGUUUAAAAUUUAAAGUUCAGUUGACUAUUUUAAAAAUUGUGAACCAUCACCCUGUAUGACUGUGCAAAAUUUAAAAUCUGUAUAUAUUUUUAUAGCCGAAACAUAGGGGUGUCUUCAUCUUAAAUGCGACACACUGUAUCUUGUCAAUUUGAUAAUUUAUUGCAACUCAUAUAGUCGUAUUUUUUAUAGAUUCAAAAUAUACAAUCAAAGUACUGACUAAUUCACUAAUUUUAUCAUAAAAAGUUUAAAUUGAUUGCAUUGAAGUAUGGAACUAAUUAUUAAUGUGUAUUAAUAAUUAAUGUGUAUUAAUAAUGUGUAUAUAAUUAUGUGUAAUAAUAUAAUAUAAUAUACAGAGUGAGUUUUAUGUACGGAAACCCUUAAUUAUCUCGGAAAUGGCUUGCACGAUUUUUAUGGAUUAUGGUGGGUUGAAGUUUUCUAAUGUGGCCGAUAUUAUAAUACUUACAUUGUUAUCAGAUCUUCCGUUUUUCUGAAAAUCUAAUUAACUUUCUUAUUUCAAAUGGAACACCCUGUAUAUUUUUUGCAUUUUGAAGUCCUUAAGAAAUACUGAUUAUUUUCCAUGUUAUAUUCCCUAUACCUAAAGGCCAUAAUUUCGUAGUUAUUGCUACCAUUUAUUUAAAAAACUUUUUAAACAAUAAAUUAUAAAAAUCAAUUUUUUCGGCCUGCGUAGACAUUAUUUUACGUUCUUUGGACCAUUGGGAACAAAAAAGUUUUCUUGUACUUUUUCUCUAAAGUUAAUCGUUUUAAAUAUAUAUUAGUUAUAAAUAAUUUAAAACUGAAAAAAAUCGAAUAAUUACGAUUUUCAAGGUUAAAAAACACAAAUCAAAAAUAUUAUUUUUGAAACUGCCAAAUACCUAUAGAAAUUCAAGCUAAAGCCUUAUUUUAUCAGUUACCAAUAAGUAAUUUGAGCUUGUUUCAUUCUAAAAUAUUGUUUUUUAGUUGUUAAUGCAGCCCGAUCGCCCAUCCUCUCAUAUGCGCUUCAUUAACAUACUCCGCAGUUUCAAAAAUAUUGUUUUUUAUUUUUGUUUUUGAACCUUGAAAAUCGUCAUUAUUCGAUUUUUAUCAGUUUUAAAUUGUUUAUAACUCGAAAACGAUUAACUUUAGAGAAAAAUUACAAAAGACCUUUUCUUGUUCCCAAUGAUCCAAAGAACGUAAAAUAAUGUCUACACGGGCCGAAAAAAUUGAUUUUUAUAAUUUUUUAAAAAAUUUUUUUGAAUAAAUGUAGCAAUAACUCCGAAACUAUGGCAUUUAGGUAUAGAGUAUAUAUCAUAAAAAAUAGUCAGUAUAUCGUAAGGACUUCGAAACGCAAAAAAUAUACAGGGUGUUCUUUUGAAAUAAUAAAGUUCAUUAGAUUUCCAGAAAAACGGAAAAUCUGACAACAAUGUAAUAAUUAUCACUGUAACAUCGGCUGCAUUAGAAAACCCCUACCCACCAAAACCUAUGAAAAACGUGCAAGUCGUUGCCGAGAUACUUGAGGGUUUUUAUACAUAAAACUCACUCUUUUAUUAUAAUAAUUAUAAUAAUAUUAUAUUAAUACGCAUUAAUUGGUUCAAUAUUUCAAUGCAAUCAAUUUGAACCUUUUAUGAUUAAAUUAGUGAAUUAGUCAGUAUUCUCAUUGUAUAUUUUGAAUCUAUAAAAAAUACGACUAUAUUAGUUGCAAUAAAUUAUCGAAUUGAUAAGAUACAGUGUGUCGCAUUUAAGAUGAAGACACCCCUAUGUUUCGGCUAUCAAAAUAUAUACAAAUCUGAAAUUUUGCGCAGUCAUACAAAUUGAUGGUUCACAAUUUUUAAAAUAGUCAACUGAACUUUAAAUUUUAAACGCGGCCUACUGCAAAUCCACAAACAGGGUGAAUUUUCGAUAUGCGAUUCGACUUGCUUCGCGUUACAGAUAUCGAUAAAAGUGAUUUGGAAAAGUUGUUCCAAAUAUUAUUAUAACCCCACAUACCAAAUUUUAUGACAAAAUUCACAUUUUUAGUUCUUUUUCAAUUGUUGUAGUCAGGAUCCUAAAUCCUAAAAUUUGCUGUCCCGAGAUGCAUCUCGAGACAGCCAAAAACGGUUUUUUCGAUUUUUUCGUUCUUUCCGCUCAGAUAUUAAAAAUUCUGCCUCUGCCAUUUAAAAGAACGGCAAAAAGUACACAAAAAAAUGCUAUUUAAAAGUUGGCCAAAUCAUAUUAUCAUAACCUAAAAUUUUUUUGAAAAUUUCAAAAAUUUUUCCUGGGCUCAUUUUUCAUUACAAAAAUCUGAAAAAAAUUAGGUUGUUUUGUAUUCAAAAGAUGCAACCUCUUGAAUUUUUUCAGAUUUUUUAAAGUAAAAUUGCGCUUACAAAAAAAUAAAACCUAAAAAUCCUUCUUUUCUCGAUUUAAGACGUUUUAGGACCUCUGGGAAGCUAAAAAUUUGCAUGAGGGCAUAAUUUUAUAUCCUUUAUCGAAAAGAUAAGUAGCGGGGCUGAUCGGUGCGGGGGCAUUUUUGACCAUCUUAUCCCGCUAUAGCCUUUGUACUUAUAGUAUUUACCAAAGAAUCUUUUUUCAAUUAAAUGUUUACGUUGGUGAGUGCUUUUACAGUUUGACACAAUCGUAAAUUUUCAGUAACCGAGUGUAUAUUAUGUGCUCAACAAUUAACAAUAAAAGUGAAAGUAAUAAAACAAAUUUAUUUAACUGAAAACGAUUUUAUGUACAGGGUGGUCAUAACCAUAGCAAAAAACGUUAAAAAUAGUCUAGUUUUAUGUUUGGAAAGUAAACACAUAUAAAUAAGUGUUUAGUUUUAAUAAGUGUUGUAACACAUAAUUUCAAUUUUUACCUACAUUUUUGGGUGUUCCAAAAAUAUAGGUAAAAACGUAACAGUAAUCCGAAUUAGAUAAAUUUGCUUAUUGAAGUCGUCGAUGAAUUGCCCACCUACUUACAUCCACAUUGUGUCAGGCGAUUUACCAGCUUAAUUGAAGUUGUAUGUCUAUUUCUUAAGCCGCCCCCAGGUAUUUAAACUCUGAUCCCCAUUCUACAAGUCGCUCAAAAAAUGCCAACAAUAGUUUUGAUCCUCGAUUCGCAAAUCCCUCUGUUAGCUCAGACGAUAUUUUACUUAUUGCAUAUUGCCAGAUUGAAUAGCAACGGUGAUAAUGUGUCUCCUUGACUAAGCCUUGAUGUUAUACUAAAUAGCAUUGAUGUUGUGCUUCCUAUCUUUACCUGUUUUCUAUUUGUUCGUACCUGAGUAUAUGUUGCUGUUUUAAAAAUUUCUCUUGUGUAUUAUAGACAUCAACUCGACGGAAAGAUUUAUCCCCUCACUAAACUUAUAUUCGAAUAUUUAAAGUAUCAAACAUUAUUCUAUUCUACGAUUCUACUAUUUGUUGCCAAAAAGUAUUUUUACUUAAUCUUGAAUAAAGAUAGCAUUAAGUUAAUUUAGGAUGGUUGUAUUACAUUAUUAAUCUCAUAAUAAUAUUUUGGUCUAGGUAAUUUUUUAGAUAAAGCAAUAAAUGUUUGAAUUGUGUAUACAAAUCCCUAUGGUACUGAUCACUUUGUGCUAGCCAUGUGCCUCAUAUGUUUCUUAGUUUAUUUUUUGUGAUAUAAGUAGUUAGUUGUUUAUUUAAUCGUUUAUUUAAAUUUAAAAGUUAAAGUUAGCUUUAGGUUUCCUUAAAUAAACUUUUAUACUUGGACUAAAA